GGAUGAAUGGGGCAGGCGGACCUGUCAGCACAAAGUAAGAGGAGAUCGCAGAACUGUUACCAGCGGCGGGGGAGGAGCUAUUCGGAUUUGUUAGCAAUACGGAGAUUUUAGAGGGGAAGAGAGCAGCACUUUAGAUUUUAGACAGAUGUCCUAAAAUGGACAGUGUAUAGGCAGCCACAAUCAGCCACGGAGCGAUAUACCCAGACUCGGUGGCGGCCCCUGCACCGCUCCCAGGGGGGCCUCGCCUCCUGUAGGCCGCUGAGGGCGGGCGGGGCGGCAAAUGGUUGGGCCGGAGGAUGCCGGACAAGGUGCAGUGUAUCGCUGCGGAGAGGAGCGGCACGGACUGACAGACGCUGCAGACGAGGAAGAGGGAGAAGGAGAAGCGGGGGACAGACAGACGGACAUUCUACAGCUCUAUAUCAGCAGGCCGGCCAUUAAAAUGACCAAUGGGGACCUGAACUACCUACCCCAGGGAGGGGCAGGGGAAGGGGAUAUGCCCAGUGCAGGGGAUAUGCAUUCCCUCUCUACCCAUAAGGAGGAUAUUAAGCAGCCCAAUGGGGGAUUAUUAGUGGCCGACAGCACCCGACCGCAGGGAUGCGCCUGUCACCGCCAGUGCUGCAGCCUGAGUGAGGCUGUCCCUUCCCCGGGGACUCCGCCCGGCAGCUCCCCCAUAUCGAGCUCCAGCUCAUCCCCUGUGAGCGCCCGUACGGUAGCCGGUUACUUUGUGUCAGAGGAGGCUGAUCGCUUCCGCUUCCUGGACGUGAGUCGCCAGAGCUGUCGCAACACGUUCGAGGGGAGCCGGCGGCAGAGUGCCCCCGAUCAUCUGGCUGAUGGGCUGAGUCUCCCAGCGGAGAGCCCGGGAACUGCGGAGCAGGAUGGGGACAGACCGUGGAAGGUUGGAAUUGCCGAAUUCUUCUCUAGGAAUUUCUUUUCUAAAAGAACAAAGGACCCUAAAUCAUCAUCGAGUGUCCCUGGUUGGAAGUUGUUUGGUAAAGUACCUCCAAGAGAAACUGCUCAGAAGGACUCAAAGAUAAUUCAGCAGGAUGACAGUUCUGGCAGCUUAUCGUCAGUCUCUACGCCAAAUCUAUUAAACACAGGGGAAUAUGAAGCACGAACUGGAAGAUCAUGUAAAGCACCGUCUCAGUCUACCAGAAAGAAGAAGUUUGAAUUUGAACCACUUUCUACCACUGCUCUUAUUUUGGAGGACAGGCCAUCAAAUCUUCCUGCUAAAUCAGUCCAUGAAACCUUGCGUCACCGGCAAGAAUAUGACGAGAUGGUAGCAGAAGCAAAAAAACGUGAAGUAAAAGAGGCACAGAGGAGGAAGAAACUAAUGAAAGAACGAAUCCGGCAAGAAGAAAAUAUUGCAAGCGCCAUGGUGAUUUGGAACACUGAAAUUCUGCCAAACUGGGAUGUCAUGAGAAGUACAAGAAGAGUCAGAGAUCUCUGGUGGCAAGGCUUACCACCUAGCAUACGGGGGAAAGUAUGGAGCCUUGCUAUAGGAAAUGAACUCAAUAUCACUCCUGAACUGUAUGAAAUCUUUCUCUCAAGAGCUAAAGAGCGAUGGAAAAGUUUCAGUGAGACAAACUCAGAGAAUGAAAAUGAAGAUGCCGGAGCAUCACUUGCCGACAGGGAAGCCAGUCUGGAACUAAUUAAGCUGGACAUAUCCCGAACAUUCCCUUCACUUUACAUCUUCCAAAAGGGUGGCCCAUACCAUGACCUGCUACACAGUAUACUAGGAGCAUACACGUGCUAUAGGCCGGAUGUUGGCUAUGUCCAGGGCAUGUCUUUCAUAGCAGCGGUGCUUAUUCUCAAUUUAGAAGAAGCGGAUGCAUUCAUAGCUUUUGCAAAUCUUCUGAACAAGCCGUGCCAGCUGGCCUUCUUUCGGGUGGAUCACAGCAUGAUGCUGAAAUAUUUUGCUGCCUUUGAAGUAUUCUUUGAGGAAAAUCUCCCCAAACUCUUCUUCCACUUCAAUGCCUACAGCCUAACUCCAGACCUGUACCUUAUAGACUGGAUUUUCACACUGUACAGCAAGUCACUGCCACUUGAUCUUGCCUGCCGAGUCUGGGACGUCUUCUGUAGAGAUGGAGAAGAGUUUUUGUUUCGGACGGCUCUGGGUAUCCUGCGACUGUAUGAAGAUAUACUCCUACAGAUGGACUUCAUUCACAUAGCACAGUUCCUCACUAAACUUCCUGAAGAUAUCACAUCAGAGAAGCUGUUUGGCUGUAUCGCAGCUAUUCAGAUGCAAAACAGUAAUAAGAAAUGGACUCAGGUCUUUACAUCACUAAUGAAGGAUUAUAAAGAGGGAGACAAAAUGAGUCAAGCCUCGAAAACCUAAAAAGAGCCCUUUCUUUACUUUGUGAAACCACUUAACAAUACGGUGUGUAUCUUCUGACUGAAACCACUAAAGACAUGAUCUGAGACCUGCAGGACACUGCAUAUUGACUUGAUGCGGCAGAACACACAGACUUUCCUUUUUUGUCAGUAUUAAGUAGACAACAAGACACGUUAUUGGUUGCAUUCUGUUCUGACAGGCGCAUUUUUGCACCAAAUCGCUCUCAUUUAAUAUACAAAUAUUUAAUGCAAUAAACAUUUGUAACAUACCUUUUACUUGGUACACUAAUGUGGGACUAAGUGCAUCGUUUUUAAAAUUGUAUUUGCACUUCCCCCACCAAAUUUUCAUUGUUUUUAAAAGAAUAUUUAGAACCCGUCAAGUACAGUUCCAACCAAACCUAUGUUAUAUUUAUUGUUUGUGCUAUAAAAGUUCAGCUGUGUUUUGGACCAAACAGGCUGAUGUCUCACACCUUAGCGUAAUGACAGAACCGCAGCCUCCCAUGAUAACUGAAUGAAAAGCCAGCAAUAGAGAGCAUAAGGAGAGAAAGUAGCUGCUGACCACUGUGAAUCCAGCCAAACCACUGGCUCAUUUUCCUGUCCUUUCCAAAAGGUGCAUUUUAUACCAUUCUCAAGGACACCUACGGUAGGUAAUGUUUACCUCUGAUUGGCUGCUUGAUGGAGCACUUUUUUGUAGUAUGCUUUGAGGGCCCACACAAUUUGUGAAUGAUCUGUAAAGAGGAAGUGCAGUGGAUGCGUAUAUAUAAUCAGAAUGUGUAUUUACAAGAAGACACUAUGAUUUUUGGUAAGGAAGAUAACUACAAAUUGGAACACUGCAAAAUGUUAUUGACAUUCCGUUCGAAAUGCUGACCUCUUUAAGAAUGUGACUUGGCUUGCUUUCUAUUGCUUUGUUUGGAACUAAUUAUGGAAUGUGACGCUAUAGGGCUAAGUUACAAUGCAAGGGCAAAGUGCCCAGUUCAAAAUUUGUAUACAAACAACCAUGUUUUUAUCCACAAAGCAGAUUUAUUUUCCAGAAUUUUAUGGCCUUGUGCUUGUGUCCUAAUUGUUAAAGUAACUUUAAGCUAAUGCCACACUAGGUUGUUUCUCUGCCUGAAUAUAGACAGUCGAACAAAAAGUGGUUCCAUGGUGUAAGUGAAUUGACAGGCAAGGUGUCAGCCUGUGUGGAUACCGAGUGAACAGAGCAAAAAUGCAUUCUUUUGUGUUUGCACACACAUACAUAGCAGAUUUAGGUGCACAAAAAGGCCAAUGCCAUGUCUGUCAUUGCACUUAUGCCACAGAGGAGAAAGCAGCUUUUUCCUCCACCUGUAUUUAUAUGCAGGGGCAGAAACAGCCUGGAGUGGCAUUAGCCUUGCAGACAGCUGUCCAACCUAAUUCUUCUCAGCUGGGCGUAUCCCAUUCAUUCGGGUGCAGGCACAAGUAGCAGGUGUAGGGCUGAAUUUUCGGCAAGUGUUUUUCCGCUUGCCGAAAAAAUCAGCCCUACGCCUGGUGUGGCAUCAGCCUUAGGUGUAAAAAGCUGAGUUAAAUUAGGGGAAUCUUUAUCAAAAUAAAGAAUAAGAAAUUCAGUUUUUCAAGAAAAACACUGGAAAAAAACAUUAACUUGAGUAUAAUCAAGUUUGCAUUUUACUAACUCAAAUUUUGUCAUUUUAUCAAAUAUGAAUGAAAAACUUACUCAGUGAGGGAAGUGUAUCUAAUAUUUCAAACAACUUAUGAAAAUGCAGUCUCAAAAAUUGAUAAAUCAACCCCUCCCCCAAUGACUUAUUUGUGAUUUUUUUUUUUAUAUAUAUAUUUUUAUUAUGGUUACAAAUAAAGAGUGAAUAAGUUAUAGGCAUUUCCUUUUUUAUGUUUAAACAUAAAAUAAUCCUAAAAA